AUGGACCCCGCCGAUCUCAAUCCCACAGCACUGCUGGAGUCUGCAUGGACCUCACAGGCUAUGGAUCUCUUUGCAGAUGAAUUGCAUGAUCUGGAAUCGUUAGAGAAGGAAGAAGAUGUAUUGUUUCAGGCCGAACUCCAACGUAUACGUGAAAGACCACCAGAGACAGUAGCGGCAAACCAAACAAAUACCGAUCCAAACACCACCGUUUCAGAGAAAAAGGAUGCCGGACAUCAGAAAAAAAAUAGUGUUCCCUCUAGACGUGGUAUGGGAAGUAGAUUAACUUCACAUGUCUCUGCAAGUGGGGCGAGUAAGGCGGCGCUGAUGGUAGCGGCGGCCCGUAAUGCCUCACGACUCACAAAAGAGAAGGAAACGGAUAUGAUUAAAGCACGAGAACGGGAGUUUUGGCAAGUUGUCUUACGUACUAGUAAACAACAGGCUCAACAAGCACGUGAGGUUUCAGAAUUACAUUCUGCAAAUGCUCAACGACAGGAAGAAUUUUUCUCUGCACAUGGUAUAGAAGAAUAUAUGAUGGAUGAUGUCUUGCGAGGAGCACCGAAAGAGUCUCCAAAAACAAUUUCUACAAAAACAAGAACACCUAUAGCCACUGUAAAUGUUACUAGUGAUGAAAUAUGUAAUAAAUAUGAUGAUGUCAGUGAAACACAAACACCAUUGGUAGUUUCUUCCACUAGACCUAUGAGUGGUGGGAUUUCACAAACGGGAACAGAAGCUUCUAAAGUUUCAUUACGUCCUACUUUUCUUGAUGAGAAUGAAUUAGAUCGUAAUUUGGAUGAAUGUGAAUUUAUCAUUGAUGCUGUUGGUUUCGCAAAUGAUCUUAACCUAACUUUAGAGAAAGAAUAUGGUUUUCGACCUGCAUUAGUGCAUUCACCAGAUAAAGGAGAAAGUUCUUCUUCUCCUCCUCCUCCUCCUCCACCUCUCACUUUAGAGGAGAAACUACUUCAACAUACACCUGGUGAUGGAAUGAAUAUAGGAGGGGCUUCUUGGAAUCCCACACUACCACCGUUGAAGAGAAAAAGUGAUGAGAAAUUUCAAAAACGUCAAAUGAAUACUUUUCCAACAAUAGUAACAACCACAACAGGAACAGCAGUAGCAGCAGGAGUAGCAGAAGGAGGUCAUCAUAUUCAUAAAUCGAAAAUUAUACUUCCAUCACUUAAUACUACAGAAGGUGAUGAAUAUCCAUCUGCAAAGGCAACAGGUACUACCCCUUUCCCAUCUGAACGGAGUAAUGUUUCUAGUCAUGUUACAACUCUUGAAUGUACUGCAGUGGAUAACUGUGUUAAAUUGCGAACCACAGCAGGUUUAGAGGCAAGUACAGUUGUUCGUUUUAUUAACCGUGAUCCUAAAAGACUUCGUCUGCGUGUUCGUCCUUCCAAUCAUGCAUGGAUUACUUAUUCUAUAGUGAAUUCAUCUCUGGGUACAACAUCUUUAGGUCAACCUUCUUCUUCCAUAUCAUCUUCAUCCAUAGCAACACCCUCAAGUGUUUGUACUACUAUAAGUGCACCACUUGUUUGUGGGGGUUUUAUUGAUAUACGAAUAACAUUUGAACCCCAAAGUUCAGCAGAACCUUUUAUUGAACAAGUACUACAACUUGGUUAUUGUAGGGAAUUAAACUCUCGACGAGGUGAGGGAGCAAAAUGGAAUUUCUUUGAAGUUACGGUAUUGUGUGAGACUAUUCUUCCACAGUUUCGUCUUAUUCCAAUGUUUAUGGGAGGAGAAGAAGGGAGUGCCAUUUCGUUUCCUCUUACUACUGGUACUAAUACUACUCCUACUCCUACCAAUACAGCUCUUACGACUGCUACUGUUCCUAAUACUAUUCCUAAUAGCGCUACUAGCAACGUCAGUACUACUAUUACUCCUUCUAAUAGUGUUGCAAGUAUGAAAACUACUUCUGUUGUUGGUAAAAGAUAUGGAUCCUCAAGAAUAAUGGAAGAGGAUGUUUCAUCAUGUGAUUUUCCAUAUACCUUUCUUAUGAAUUCUUGUACAAGAUGGUAUUAUCUGGAAAAUAUAGGAUCAGAUGCUGUCAUCUCAUUAAGAAGUAGUUCACCCUACUUUAAGGUUAGUCCUACUCCUGAAACUACCAUCUUAUUACCAGGUGGAGACCGUGUAGAGAUUGCUGUUUGUUUCGCCCCAAUGGAAGAAGCGAGAUAUGAAACGGAAAGACUUUUUAUCGUUGUACGAGAUUUUGAAGAUGGACCUAUUAUAGCAGAACAUCAUUUUGGAUUACGUGGAGAAGGUGUAUUACCUAAAGUUGAACUUAUUCGUAUUGGAUCAAUGGAAUUAACUCCACAAGGGAAAGAAAGAAAGCAACAGGAAGAAGAAAAAGAAGCAGAACAAGAACAACAACAAUUAGAUAAGAAAACAAAUAUACCACAGUACCUUGUACCUGAUACUACACCCGGUGUGGAAACAGAAGUAAUCGUGGAAUUACGUAAUACUUGCCCUAUUCCUUUACCAUAUUAUUGGAUUACUGAAACCAUUGGUGGUACGUAUAUACGUAGUGAUCCUAUUAAUGAUACAAGUAAAGAUCCUAAUGAUGGUAAAAUGGUAACAAUUCAUCAUCAUGAUAAUAAUAGUGAUCCUUCAGGUGUACGAUUCCGUGUAACUCCUGUUACUGGUAUAUUAGCUCCACACAAGAAAACUUCUUUUCGUGUUUGUAUGCAACCCUCACGAGCAUUUCCCUUUGCAGCGGUGGUAAACCUUUUCCUAGAAGGAUUACCUGAACCACCAGAAGGAGAAGAAGAAGAAGUACCAGUGAUGGAGGGAGUUUCACCUCUUGCAGUUGCGAAUGUAAUGACGGAGUACUCUCGUCGAAAGACAAUUCCCGCUUUACCAAAUCACAAUCAAGUUGAUCAAAUGUCUGAUCCCUAUUGUGUUUUUCAAUAUUGCUCUAAAGUUCAACCAAAGGAGAAUCGAGGUGUUUUUGCUACUGGAUUUUAUCUCUUUGCAGAUCCUGUGGUACCAUCCUUUGUGAUUGUCCCAGAUCACUUGGAAGAAGGUGUGGAAUGUUUGGUUCAGUAUGAAAACGUACGCCGCAUUACAUUACAAAAUAAUUCCUCACGUCCAUUACAUUUCGUAUUUGAUCCAAAACCAGAAGAGUGUCCUCCAGAGAUGGUACUUUCACCAAUUAGUGAUCGUGAAGAUAUAGAGGUGAAAUUUCAACCAAGAAAAGGAUGUGUACAACCCAAUAGCAGUGUGACCGUUACAUUUCGCUUUAUUCUACGAGCUGUGGAUUACUUUUCGUUAUCUAUUGAUUGUUAUAUUCCAGAACUUGUGGAAUUACUACGAGAUACGAGAAGAGCAACAACAUUGGGAAUAUCAUCUUUAUCUAAUCUGCGUUGUACACAUCAACUUCAUCUUAGUGUUACAGGUGUGGGACCUUCUGUACGUACAAGUACAGAUUUCUUAGAUUUUGGUCUCAUUGAAGAAGGCAGUGAAGGGGAAGCAUCUUUUACGGUAACGAAUGAUAAUCCAAUUCCUGUUUUAUUUGAUUUACAGGAUCCAAUGAUGCGAGAACCACGUCGAUUUGUAUUUCUUCCACCAUCUUUCCGCCUUGGGGCUGGAGAGUCUGUAGAGGUAACGGUAUACCGUCAGGCAGUGGAAACAGGGGAUUCACAAACCUUUUUUGAAUUAGUUGUGCGAGGAGGUGGAACCAUUGCAAUUGAAACACGUGCCACUAUUCAAAGACCUUUACUUAUAUUACAAGAAGCCGUUGUGAAUUAUGGAGUUGUACCAGAUGGGGCUUGGGUAGAAGAAAACUUUAUUCUAUCCAAUACAUCUGCAUUUGAUAUUCCUUACAGUGUAGAAACGGCUGUUGUGCCUCCCUAUUUACAAGUAUCUUUACCUCCUCCUGGUGUUAUACAAGCCGGACAUCAUGGAAUUUCUAUUCCGGUUCGUUGUGUUUUUUCGUGGAAACCUGGUAAUGAACCUUAUGAAGGACUUUUACGUAUUAAUAAUGGACGUACACAACAACAACAACUUCUUUUAGAACUUUGUUGUGAUUCUGUACAACAAUUAACGGUAUCACUUGAUCUUAUUCCUAUUCCUAAGGUAAUGGAAGGAUCUUCUGUAAUGGCAUGUACACCACCUGUUUUACCGUAUACUCUUCCACCACCACCAAUCAUGGAUAUUGCUAGCUUUAUGGAAGCAUUAUUAUGGAAUCUUGUUGAAGUUAAAGUGUUUCAUAAUGAUGUACUCUCUGUUGACAAGGACAGUAGUAGUAGUGGUAGUAGAAGAAGUUAUUUUACCACUGAUAUAGAGAAUGAGACGGCAAAUGUAAAUACCUUAAUGGAAAGAAAAGAACCACCACUCAUGUUAAGACCCUAUUGUCCACCUGUGGUAUUAAAGGCCCAUUUACCAGAUUGGGAACCUGUAUGGUCAGAAUUAAUGGUUUUACGCCUAAAGAAUACAACGGGUUGUCGUAGUUCAUACUCUGUAGAAGCUAUGUGUUACACCCCAGAGACAAUGAUUGAAGGAACAGAAACAGAUGGGAAAAGAAUAAUGAAUACCUCUUUUAAAACCACUCAGGGUGGGAAUAGAAAUACACGAAUAACUAUGCCGCAAUUCACUCAAGGACAUGGAGAAGGAAAAGAACUAUCAUCUCAACAAAAACAAGGAAAUAGUUCUCCUCUUUCAAGUUCUCGUGGAACAGGGAAAGGAAAUACAAUGAUGACAAAAAUUAUGGGUACUGAAAAACAUGCCUUUUGGUGUAAAAGUGUAGAUGGAACAGAACAACGUGAACGUGAACGCCGUGCGGCUUUAGUAGAUGCACAGAAUGUAUUAUUAGAUGGUAGAGGAUGUGCAACUGUGUUUGGUAAACCAAUAGAAGGUUCACUUCAACCCUAUGGUACUGUGUUAUUACCUCUAUCUAUUUGUGCAAACCUUCCAGGAUUAUAUGAAGAAAAACUACAAGUGUCUUGUUGUAAAAUUCCCCCAACACAAAUUCCUAUAAAGUUUGAAUUAACUGGAAAACCAUUAUUAUUUGAUUUUACUACAGCAGGAUAUAAUGUAAUAGAUGGGAAACAAGUACUUCUUAUGCCUUCAGUAAUUGCUGGUUUGGGACGAUCACGACGUACAGUUUCUCUGGUAAAUCGGGUUCCACGAGACUUGAAUGUCUCUGUACAGAUAUUUCUCUCCGCCAUGGCUUUCUGUGUAGUUGCGGUUGAUGAUAAUGUAGAGGCCGGUGAGGUUACAUUACGUUUAGAUCCUAUUACAGAAGAACAACAGAAACUGGAAUCAAAAAGAAAUGGAAGAGUAUCCGCAUCUCCAGGUCAUUUUCUUCUUCCUUGUAUGUCCACAAAAGUCGUUACUCUUGAAUUUACACCAGAUGCUGCAUUUGUACCUAAACAAAGUUGGGAAAGAGAAUGGCGUGGUGGGGCUAUUAUUACAGCAGAGAUUGCGGAAACACCUUUUAAUGAUAGUUUUCUUAUUGAUGAGUUUUAUCGCAUUCAUGCUGAAGAAUAUCCAGCACAACGUGUAUUUAAACGGAAAAGGUUUGGAGAAUCAGAACCAGCAUGGAUGAAAAGUAUUGUACGCCCUAUUGCUAUGUUAAAGGUAAAACAACCGUUUCUUUCUCGUCCUGGAGUGUUGAAAAAGAAUGUGAUUCUUUCAGUUGGUCCAAGAGAAUUAUCCAUAUUGAAGAAUAAUAUAGGAUGGUUACCAAAUGAUGAAUCUGAGAAGGGUGGUAAUGAUAAUAAUAAUAAUAACAAUAAUAAUAAUGGUAGUAGCGGUAAUGUUCAUAGCAGGAACAAUAGUAAUAAGGUUAGUGAAAGUUCCAUCCAUGAGGAUAGCUCAGAUAAGGAUGAGGAGGAGGAAGAGUAUGAAGAUAAUAAUAAUGAAGGUAAAGAUGAUGAUGGUGUGAGGAGAAUAACAACUACUAGUGGGACCUGCACAGAAAGUGAGUUGGAUGAACUUCACCCACACAAUCAAGUCUCCCGUCCACCAAUAGAGACUAUUCUCGCAGGUGAAACAGAACGUAAAGCUCUACGUGCCUAUAUUGCCCAACGUCGAGUGGAAUUAACAGAACAGUGUAAACGUUAUUUUAUUCCCACAGAACUUGAACUCCAGGCACAAUGUGGAGUGGCACAAUUAGAUGUGGAACCAUCCAGUAGUGUUAUUCGUUUCCCAAAGUAUUUAGAAGGUGAAUAUUGUAGACAAUCUAUACGGUUAACCAAUACUCGCUGUGCUACCAUUGAUUUCUUACUGGAUUUACCAUCUCCUUCAUUCCGCAUUGUAUCCGCUGAGUUUAUCUCUAUGAAUAGUGAUCACGAGGAACUUGAAGUAGAUGAUGAGGAGGCUUCAUUAGCACAACGGGCAAUGGAGAGUUUAAAAUGGAGCUCUUUUGAUGAUAGACAGAAAGCACAACAAAUUGUAGAGAGAGGUAAAAGACGAAGGACUGGAGACACAGCGAAGAUGGAAGUAACGAUAUCAAAAUCUUCAUUAUCUAAAUAUCGUGGACAAUCAAGUAUUGAUACUGAACUUGUAUCAACGACAAGAUACCGUUUACGUCCAUACGAUGCCUUUGAUAUAACAGUAGAAUACAAUGUAGAGUCUAGAGAAGAAUUAGAUGCUUUACUGCGUUCCUCCAACGAAGUAGAGACAACACUUAAUAUUCUCUUUCUCACAAACAGUGACACCGCUUUAAAUGAUGCUAAUAAUAAUAAUACUGCUGCUGAUAAUCAUCAUCAUAAUGAAAAUGAUCGUCAUAUACAUUCUCCACAACAAAGACGAACUUUAGGAGGAGUACAUGGAGGAGAUUUUCUUAUUCCUCCGUUGGUAUCACCAGUAACUGAAUUGCGGCAAGUGAUUCCCCUCGCCGUGACUCUCUCAACACCAUCAGUGAGUUGUAAUCCACCAAUGCUGUGGUUUCGUCCUUGGCAGUUGGUACAUGAUGGCAGACCCCAACCAUCCUAUGUGCAGAAGAUACAAUUGUUGAAUGCAUACUUAUUACCAGUUCAUUUUGAAAUAGUUCCUCGUAUUCGAUUAGAUUCCACCUAUUUCUUGCCUACUACCACUAGUAUUACGACAACAGCUACGAUUCAACCGAAUAGUAAUCACCAUUAUCCUCAUCAUCAUAGUAAUAAUAAUACUAAUACGAACACCAACACCAAUUCCAACGGUCGUGAGUCCUCUAAGUCUCGGCAGAGUGGUACAAAUCGUCCGACUCCACGUAUUCUCCCGCGUGAACGUCAAUUAAAGGAAAUGACUCACUAUUGGGAUAGUGAUGAUCAUAAUAAUAAUACGGCUCCUCUGGAUGUUCCCACAAGUGAUGGACAUCGUGUAAGUGAAUCUAAACAAGAAUCCCAACAAGGAAAAGGGGAAUCACUCCAACAGGAACAAAAAGAAGAGAAACGAGAGCCGCCUCUAAUGGAAGGUUCCAGUCGUUUUAUUAUUUCUCCUUUAAGAGGAAUUAUUCCAGCCGCCACACGAGGUGGUCAGCCUGGUGUUUACGAGAUAUCUGUGGAAUUUAAUGAAUACGCGAAUGUGCGCUUUGAGGCCAUUUAUGAUGUUUUGAUUAAUAAUCGUCUUUUGGAAUCCUGUAGCUUUCUUCUUCGUGGUGACAGUCGUGAAACUGAGAUUUAA